AUGCUAAGCAAUUUCUUAACUCUUCCUGAUGGUCGAUAUGUAUCUUCUGGGAGUCAUUGGAUUGGAACUGUUUCCAGAAGAAAUCAGAUCAGGCUAAACACUUAUGAAGUUUACAGAAAGUAUAAAACUUCAUAUGCCAACGUAUACAAUAAUGUGUUUAUAUACUUUGAUAUAAAUCGGGUUAAUUAUCUAUGUAGAAGAUUGCAACAUAUAUUUGAUAGACACAAAGAAGUUUGGGAAUUUACCGAAAAUGACAAUUGGAAUAAUCAAAAUGAGGAGAAACUUCGGAGAACCCUUCAAGAAUGUGUAACACCACCACUAUUCAAAUUACGUGCAGUUGUAUUUACAGUAUAUGAAGACAUCCUCGAUGGAAUUGCCAACUCGGAAGUUGAAAGGGAUGACUUAAUUAAUCUAUUUUUACAAAUUUGCAAGGAUGAUGAGAACAUUUAUAGUGAUGAAGUAUAUAACCAAAUUGCGGACUUUUUUGAACUGGCUGAAAGUUACAUUCCGUUGUCAUUCGAAGGGAGAGAUGAAAUAGAACCAGAAGACAAUUAUGAACUUGACUAUGAAAAAAUAAAGAAAAAGGCAAAAACUAUUCUGAGGGCACUUGAAAAAUCAAUAAUUUGA